GAUCAUAUACCAAACCACUAUUGAAAAUAAAUAAAAAAGCAAAACCAAACCAAGAGAGAAAGUCUCUCUCUAGUUGUUUGAGUUUCAAGCUUUUCAACCUUUUCCUUUCCUUUGUGAACUUCCUUAUAUGAAAACCAAAACCACAACAAAAUUUUUCCUUUCCUUCCUCUACUUGAACUCCACAAAUCCAAGGAAGCAAAAAAACCAAAUUACUUAUAUUCUUAUUUACCCUGUUAUGGUUUUUUCCCUUCCUUUCUUGAAAAAUGGUUCAAAGAAAGGUUCAAAACAAGUUUAGUAUCCAAGUUGAACAUGUUAAAUCCCAAAAGCAUUCAUCAAACAUGAAGCUAUCUUCUUCUUCUCAAAACCAAGAUGGAAAAAUCAAAGGUUAUGAUCAUGUGAAGAAGAAAAUGAAGAAAUCAAAGUCAAUCAAAAUUUCUGAUCUUGAUCAAACUCUUCAAUCAACACCACAAAAGAAGAAUCCAACAACACCAAAUUUUUCACCAAAUGGUUCACCAAAUUACAUGAAACCAACAAGUAGUUCACAUGCAAAAAAGGAUCUUUUUCAUGUAAGCCUUAAAAGAACUCAAUCUUGUUCUGAUUUGAAGAGUCUUCCUAGAAAAUUUUCAAGUGAUUCAAAAGUUACUUGUGUUUCUUCUUCUUCUUCUAGUCAAAAACCAUCAAAAGCUUUGACAAAAACAUCUAGUUUGAGUUUGGUUAGAACAUUAACAAAAACUACUAGUUUCAAAGCUUUUAGAACAUCAUGUCCUAGAAAAUCAUCAACAAGAGUUACAAUAUGUGGAGAUAUGAAUGCAAAAAAACCAAAUAGAGCUACUUGUUCUUCAACUUUGAAGGACUCAAAAUUUCCUUCAUAUCUUAUGCUUAAUCAUGGUGGAAGUGAAUUAGAAGGAACUUCUAUUAUGAAGGUUUGUUCAUAUACUUAUUGUUCUCUUAAUGGUCAUCAUCAUGAUGAUUUGCCUCCUUUGAAGACGUUUGUGUCUUCGAGGAGGCGUUUAUUGAAGGCGCAAAAGCGCGUGAAGGUUGAAGCUUUGAGUCCUCGAAGCCGAAGAUUAAAGGGUCAUGGUGAGAAUGAAAAGAAGGACUAUGAUUUUGAGAAGAAUGUUUUUGAUGCAAAAGAUGCACAUGAUGAAAUUGGUGUGGAUUUCUUCAUUGAAAUCUAUGAUAAUGAAAAGGAUGCAAAUUUAAAAGGAGAAGAUGAAAUGGAAAAAAAUGAAUUUUUAAUUGAGGAUAUCAUCAAGUCUACAAUUGAAGAUGAUCUUGAGGGUGAUUUGGAAAAAUCCUUUGAAGCUGAAGAUCAACAAACUAGUUGGUCUCAUGAAGAAAUGAGUAUGGGAAGCUAUUGCAAUGAUGAGGAAAAAAUGGAAGAUGUUGACAAUGAUGAUAUGCAGUUGGAAGAGGAAAAUUUUCAUGGAUUUGUUGAUCAUAAAAAUGAUGUUGAUUCUGAUUUCUAUGCAGAUGAGGAAAAUGACUCAAAAUCUGAGAGUUCUCAUGAUAUGUCAGUGACAUGGUUAGAUGAUAUCCUAAGUAGCUAUUAUGAGGAUAUUAUUCUUGUUGAUGAAACAAUCAAAGAAGCCAAAUUUGAAGAAAACAUCUAUCUUGAAGAACAACUUGAUGAUGGUGUUAGUUCUGUCCUUGAGGACAAAAUUGGAAGCAAUGAGGCUCAAGAAAUUGGUUAUCUCUCCGAUGAGGUCGGUUGUGACGACCGAUCUUCUAUGGCCGAUCAAAUAUUUGAUUACACGACGAACGCCGAAGAAAAUGGUAUAGAAAAUAUCAAAAAAGAACUUGAUGAAGAUACAAAAGAAAAUAACCAAUGUGAAAAGAUGAUUGAAACAUGCAAUGUUGAUGAGACAAGCCAAGAGAAAAAAGAAGAAAAGAAAGUGUUGGAAAAAGAUAAAGCAAAAGGUAGUAACAAAAGAACAAGUUGCAUAGUUAAUGAAGAAGAGGAAAACACAAGAGAUAAUUGGAAAGGUGUGAUUAGAAGAAAGAGGUGUGUUGAAAAUGAUGAUGAUGAUGAAAUGAGAAAGUUCAAUCCAAAAGAACCAAACUUUUUGCCUUUGGUUGAUGAACAAGAACAAGAAAAAGUUGACUUGAGACAUCAAAUGAUGGAUGAGAGAAAGAAUGCAGAGGAUUGGAUGGUUGAUUGUGCAUUAAGACAAGUUGUUAACAAACUUGGUCCUGCUAAGAAGAAGAAAGUUGCAUUGUUAGUUGAAGCCUUUGAAACUGUGAUACCAAAAUGUGAGUCACAUUUGAGAAACAAUUCAGGCUUUGCUCAUGCUAGACACAUCCAAACUUGUAGCUGAUGGAUCAUGCUAAGGUAAAAGUCAACUUAAGAUGAAGUGUUAUCUGGCACAUGAACCAUCACCAAUCUUCAGGAGUGAUAUCCAUGACUAUAUCUGAUGCCUGGAAGCAACAAUGCAGCUUGGAGUUUUUAGGAACUUGGAACUGUUAAAUGGAAAUUAAAGCCCCACAAAGGAAAUUUAUUAUUCCUACUUAAAAUUUAUUUAUAUGAAUUUGCUUUAAAAUAAUUUAUCAGUGUAACAUUAAUUAUGUGUGUGAUUUGUUGAUGUUUGUAUCUGAUGUACUAAUACUUGGUGUGAUCAAGGCUAUCCAAAUUGAUUGUACUUUAUAUUAGUGUAUGAUAUAAUGCACUAUGUGGUUGAGAUUUUGGAUGUGGGGUGCGAAUGA